GACGGAAGCCGAGCGGGCGUCUGAGCGAAGUCAGCGGGCAGUGGGAGCAGGGCUGUCCGCUACGAUGAUUCCCCCUCAGGAGGCUUCCGCCCGGCGGCGGGAAAUCGAAGACAAGCUGAAGAAGGAGGAGGAGACGCUGUCCUUCAUCCGAGACAGCCUGGAGAAGAGUGACCAGCUCACUAAGAACAUGGUGUCUAUCCUGUCGUCCUUUGAGAGCCGGCUCAUGAAGCUGGAGAACUCCAUCAUCCCCGUGCACAAGCAGACAGAGAAUCUGCAGAGGCUGCAGGAGAAUGUAGAAAAGACAUUAUCCUGCCUGGACCACGUCAUCAGCUAUUACCACGUAGCCAGCGACACUGAGAAGAUCAUCAGGGAGGGUCCCACAGGCAGGUUGGAAGAAUACCUGGGAAGCAUGGCCAAAAUCCAGAAGGCUGUGGAGUAUUUUCAGGACAACAGCCCAGACAGCCCAGAGCUCAACAAAGUGAAGCUGCUGUUUGAGCGGGGGAAGGAGUCCCUGGAGUCUGAGUUCCGCAGUCUGAUGACCCGGCACAGCAAGGUUGUCUCCCCUGUGCUCAUCCUGGACCUGAUCAGUGGUGAUGAUGACCUGGAGGUCCAGGAAGAUGUGACCCUGGAGCACCUGCCUGAGAGUGUGCUCCAGGAUGUGAUCCGCAUCUCCCGCUGGCUGGUGGAGUACGGCCGGAACCAAGAUUUCAUGAAUGUCUACUACCAGAUCCGCUCUAGCCAGCUGGACCGCUCCAUCAAAGGCCUGAAGGAGCAUUUCCGCAAAAGCAGUUCCUCCUCUGGGGUGCCCUACUCCCCUGCCAUCCCCAACAAGAGGAAAGACACUCCUACCAAGAAGCCUGUCAAGCGGCCAGGGACGAUCCGUAAGGCUCAGAACCUUCUGAAACAGUAUUCCCAGCAUGGUCUAGAUGGGAAAAAGGGGGGCUCUAACCUCAUUCCUCUGGAAGGGAGAGAUGACAUGCUGGAUGUGGAGACUGACGCCUACAUUCACUGCGUCAGUGCCUUUGUCAAGCUGGCCCAGAGUGAAUACCAGCUGCUGACGGACAUCAUCCCUGAGCACCAUCAGAAGAGAACCUUUGACUCCUUGAUUCAGGAUGCACUGGACGGACUGAUGCUCGAGGGGGAGAACAUCGUGUCUGCUGCCAGGAAAGCCAUCAUCCGCCAUGACUUCUCCACAGUGCUCACAGUCUUCCCCAUCCUGCGGCACCUCAAGCAGACCAAGCCUGAGUUUGACCAGGUGCUCCAGGGCACAGCAGCCAGCACCAAGAACAAGCUGCCCGGCCUCAUCACCUCCAUGGAGACCAUUGGAGCCAAAGCACUAGAAGACUUUGCUGACAACAUUAAGAAUGAUCCAGACAAAGAAUACAACAUGCCUAAGGACGGCACCGUCCACGAGCUCACAAGCAACGCCAUCCUUUUCCUACAACAGCUUCUGGACUUUCAGGAAACGGCAGGUGCCAUGCUGGCCUCUCAAGUUCUUGGGGACACAUACAAUAUUCCUUUAGACCCCCGAGAAACCAGCUCUUCGGCCACCAGCUAUAGCUCCGAGUUCAGCAAGCGCCUGCUGAGCACCUAUAUCUGCAAAGUCUUGGGAAACCUGCAGCUGAACUUGCUGAGCAAGUCCAAGGUGUAUGAGGACCCAGCACUGAGCGCCAUCUUCCUACACAACAACUAUAACUACAUCCUCAAGUCCUUGGAGAAGUCUGAGCUGAUCCAGCUGGUGGCUGUGACCCAGAAGACUGCUGAGCGUUCCUACCGGGAGCACAUCGAGCAGCAGAUCCAGACCUACCAGCGCAGCUGGUUAAAGGUGACUGAUUAUAUCGCAGAGAAGAAUCUACCCAUGUUCCAGCCUGGAGUCAAGCUCCGGGACAAGGAGCGGCAGAUGAUUAAGGAACGUUUCAAGGGAUUCAAUGAUGGCCUUGAAGAACUGUGCAAGAUUCAGAAGGCCUGGGCCAUUCCAGACACAGAACAGAGGGACAAGAUUCGACAAGCUCAGAAAAACAUUGUCAAGGAGACCUAUGGGGCCUUUCUGCACAGGUAUGGCAGCGUGCCCUUCACCAAGAACCCUGAGAAGUACAUCAAGUACCGUGUGGAGCAGGUGGGCGACAUGAUCGAUCGUCUUUUCGACACCUCUGCCUAAGCCCAUGUGCUGCCUCGUUCUCCAGACGCCCACGUCAUUGGACUGAUGAGCCAGUGUUAGUAUGCCUCUGGGCCGGGAACCCUGUCCCUGGUGUUUGCAUCUCCCCUGCGGCCCACAUCUCCUGUCAAACUAGCACUCACCCAGAAUGUGGGGUCCUCUCACACCGUGGGCUUCACGGUGGAGACAGACUUCGGAGACAGAGGCUGGUGCCCCCAGCUGCCGUGGGGUGCCAAGAAUGGGAUGGCAGACUUCACCCUGGUCUACUUCCAUCCUCUUCAGCCCACAGAUGAGCGGGCUCAAAGAACAGGCCAAAUGGCAGCCGGCAGAGCUGGAGGCAAGGCUGUCGUGUGACCUACUCUCUGGGUCUUAUACAGGAGCCGCAGCUCUCUGGAGUGCCCAGCUACCUGGGAGUCCCCUGGUGACAAGGUGCAGGAGGGCUCUUUCUCUGGUCCCUUUGGAUCUAGCACACUGCAAGAAGUGUUUGGAGGAGUUGUGAACCGCCCUGUGGGGCCAGCCCCUCAGACAUCUGUUCCCUGACUCCCAGCUUCGGUGCUCACGGCCCUGGGCACACAGCAGUGCCUGCAGAAACUUUAGCCCAGAAGCGUGAGGGGAAGGGAACUAGCGGACGAAGGGAAACAAUUCAGGAGCAAAGUGCGAGGCUGUGAGGGUAAAGCUGGGCUUUAGGUUGGCAGUGAACAACUGUGUCAAGAAGGGCAGACCCUUAGGGUGCAUUUGGGUGAUGGUUUGUUUUGCUUUUAUACAUGGGGCACUCGGGAUGCAUGAGCCUCCUGCUAGAGAAUGGAGCUGUCCUAGCUGUAGGAACUGUGCUGUACCCUCAAAUCUGUCUCCCUAGGCCCCACCCUGUUACAGACUGGGCUGUACACCAGGAGGCUACCUUGCCAGGGGCCGGGUCAAACUUGCACAUGUCCCGCAUCCAGACUGGUCACAUACAUGACCUGACUGCACAUCACACUCCCACAUACAUGAAGAAGGUGUGCUCAGCAAUGUAGCUUGGCCCUUGAACUCUUUCCUCCUUCAGGAGCUGCUGGCAGGGAAAAGAAUGUCUUCCAAAGCAGAAGGGUGAAAGACAGGCCUUCUUAGUCCAGAGUAUCCCUUCUUUAGAUCCUCGACUAUUUAAAGUUUGGGUCUGGCUCUUCCUAAGCCUCCUCCAGAGGAAGAAGCACCCAUUUAGAGAAGUUUGCCAAGCAUGAACUUCUCUCAGGGGCUAUCUGGACCUUUGAGGGGAUGAUUCUGCCUGACUUCAUACAUGCUUCUACCUGGGGAGAUAAAGAUGGCACCCGAGCCAGGUGCCAGCAGACGGAUGCUGAGAGCCUGCAGCCACCCAGUCUCCGAGUCUGGCCGGCUGCAAGUGCGCAGAUUACCACUCUGCUCUGUUACAUCUCCAUGAGCCGCACUCCCGGGGUGGGCCUUACCCUUGCCUACCCUCCACACUAGGUCCUGGUCUCUUCCCAUCACUCAGUUCCCCUCUGGGCAUAGGCUUGGGGCUACUCUUGUCUCCAGGGCUGUAUCUCCAUGGCAGCCUUGGUGCUGAGGAAGAGCAGCAGCAGGUGAAGUCAGCUGCCGAUGGAAGGGGCAGAGGCUGGACCUGGACCCAACCGGUCUUGGUGACAGAGGGGAGCAGGUCUUACUGAGCAGUGGAUUGCAGGAAGAGGAAUUGGGCAGAGGCUGCACUGGGGAGGAAUGGAAGACAAGGGAGCCAAGCAACAGUGUCACUUUGAAGGCAAUGCACGCAGUGGUUCGACCCUCACGCAUCAGCCAACAGCAGUGUCUCCCUGGGAACCAACCCCACCAGGAUGGACUUGGGCUCAGUGUUCCUUGGGUUCAGCUUAGAAGGAAAAAGGCAUUUCCUGGGAUGUGGAGAGAGCAGAAGGGAGACCACCGUACCUCUGGGGAUACCUAUACCAUCACUCUCCUCUCCACCGGGCUCUGCCAGCCUCUUCCCAGAUGGACUUUGUCACCUGGAAGCAGGGCAUGGGAUGCUCGAGUGGGACUGAGCUUUCAUGUCAUGAACUACAUAUUCUUUUCUUGACACAAUCUCCUCUACCACAUGGGCCUGGAACUCUAGCUCCAUCACUGAAAGGGAUAGGAUAUGGCUCUUGAGAGAGACAGUCCCAGAAGCUGCAACUUCUGAUGGCCUCUGAGGGCAGGUGGGAGAGGGAGCCAAUCCGCAAGGCCUCCUGGCCUUUGGGAGUGCUCCGGAUGGCCUCCAGUUAAAGAAGAGCCUUAGACGCAGAGAUGAGUUUUCCUCGUGAAAAUAAAUGCACUUGACAGCACCUCGUGGCAGGGAGGUGAUUGCA